CCUCUGCUGAUUCUAAUUUUCCCUGUAGAAGAAGAGUUCCUUAUAUCCUAAAUGGAGAUAUAACAUGUUUGAAAUUGUCUGUGGACAAUAUUUAAAUUUUCAGAAGAAUUAAGGUAGGAUUUCUCUCUCAAGAGGAAUUUCAAUUCUGUUCAUAGAAUGUCUGCCAUGACCAUAACCUAGAACAGUGAUGGCAAACCUUUUAGAGACUGAGUACCCAGAUUUCAACCCUCAGGCUGCCUGUGAGCCCUUUAUGUUACCCAAGACAGGGGAGAGAAGAAGUACUCCUGUGGGGUGCUGAGCAGAGAGGUGGGCGAUUUGGGAAAUGUCCUCAGGAGCACAUGGAGAGGGGAAAGGGAGCAGCUCCUUUUGGAACACUUCAGCACAUGUGCCAUAGGGUCUCUAACACAGCCCUAGAACUUCCUGGUCUAACAGGCACCUCUCCUAUGUAAGACAUAUCUCUUGCUAUGGGUUGUACUUGGGAGAGAUUCACUGCAUUAAUUUACUUAUUCUUUGGUUUCUCUUUGGCCACAGGUGAAUGAUUCAACAUCCAAAAGGCAGUGAUGGAUAACAGCACGGAGGUGAAUCAUUUCAUUCUUGUAGGAUUAACAGAUACCCCAGAGCUUCAAUUACCCCUCUUCAUAAUCUUCACUCUCAUUUACCUCAUCACUGUGGUGGGGAACCUGGGAAUUGUAGCGCUGAUCUUCUGGAACUCUCAUCUCCACACCCCCAUGUACUUUUUCCUCAGUAACCUUUCUCUGGUGGAUUUUGGUUACUCCUCAACAAUUACACCCAAGGUGAUGGCUGGAUUCCUCACAGGAGACAAGUCCAUCUCCUAUAAUGGAUGUGCCACACAAAUGUUCUUCUUUGCAGCCUUUGCAACCAUUGAAAAUUAUCUCCUGGCAUCCAUGGCUUAUGAUCGCCAUGCAGCAGUGUGCAUGCCCUUACAUUAUACAACCACCAUGACAUCUAGAGUAUGUGCUGGUCUAGUGGUGGGUGCCUUUAUCUAUGGCUAUUUGACCUCCUCCAUCCAAAUAGGAAAUACCUUCAGUCUUUCUUUCUGUGGUUCCAAUGUGGUCAAUCACUUUUUCUGUGACAUCCCCCCACUUCUGGCUCUCUCUUGUUCUGAUAUCCAUAAAAAAGAACUAGUUCUCUUUAUCUUAGCAGGAUUCAAUGCCUCUUUUGCCAUUUUGGUCAUUCUGUUCUCUUAUUUAUUUAUCUUCGUUGCCAUCCUCAGAAUACGCUCUGUUGAGGGCCGCCAGAAAGCUUUCUCUACUUGUGCUUCCCACCUCUCGGUGGUUUCCAUAUUUUAUGGAACGAUUAUUUUCAUGUACUUACAACCAAGCUCUCAUCAUACCAUGGACACAGACAAAAUUGCUUCUGUUUUCUAUACAAUGAUCAUUCCUAUGUUGAACCCUCUGGUUUACAGCUUGAGGAACAAAGAAGUCCAUAAUGCUUUCAAAAAACUUACUGGGGGGCAAAACAUGCAUUAAAAAAUCUAUUUUCUGGGGGCA